UGACCUCCCUGUUUUUAGUCAGUUUAACGCAUGCACUUAUAAGACAAGCAUUUGACAUUUGCUUUCCAAACAAGCAUGCUUUACACAUUUUAAUGUAUUUUCGCUAAAACCACUUAUCGCGGAUUCUAAACGCUGAAGUGGACCAUGGCGGCUGCCACGAGCAGCAAUACAUCCACAACCACGCUUCAGAUAAAGCAUUCCAGUAUCGAACAUACGCGGAAACGUAUUGAUCCUCGGAGGAGACAAGCGGCGCUCUCUUUUCUCAGUAACAUUUCUUUAGAUGGACGACCGGUGCAAGACGAUGCUGACAAUCAAAACGAAGAGGAUGAUUCAAUUGAGCCCAGGACUAGACAGAGCCUGGUUUCACCAGAGCGUACCAUGUACGCAGCUAGCUCUGGAGAAGCGACCUCGGCCACUCAGGCGCUCGCUAUUGCGAACCAGGCUCUCCUCGCGAACGCCCGUGCUAGUUUUGGGAUGGGUCCCGCUGCAGCCCCUGAGUCCGCAGAGGCGGAGGGCGAUGCUUUCAGCCCAUCCGUCUUCAACUCGCCUUUCUCCGCGGUACCGGUUGCGACUAGAGGGAGGCUGCAGACCUACACUCAGGGAAUACCACCCUCCGCCUACUCCAGGCAAGCCCCCCAAAACUACUGCUGCCUGGAGGGCGGACAGAUAGCUAACACUGCAAUAGAGCUGCAGAGAUCAAGGUAACUGUGUAACAGAAUG